AUGAGAGGUUUCAUUUUUAUGUUAUUUACCUUCUCUGUUAUGCUUGCCAUUUCAGAAGCAAGGAGUGAAGGAUCCAGGAAGCUCUGCGGGUCCGAGUACAUACGCACGGUCAUCUACAUCUGUGCCAGCUCCAGGUGGAGGCAGCAACCGGGGGCACUCCUGCAGGGUCAGCAAGCUGAGAGAGGAAACCACUUCCAGCUGCCAAAUGAACAGGAGAUUUCUGAGGAACAAGCAGCUCACAACCUUCCGAAGAUGGAUUUCUCAGGGGAGGAAAGUCUUCAGGGUGAACAGCUGCCCCCGGAAGGGCUUUGGAGGUCAAAGAAGCACUUGGGGAUGUCAAAACAAGACCUACAAACCCUAUGCUGCACUGAAGGCUGUUCCAUGUCUGACUUGAGCACUCUUUGUUAG